AUGUUAGCCGACAAUUCCAGAUCACCUUCGGAAUCUCUGGAUUCAGUUCUGCUCAGUUCUCAAUCUCGAAUCGAAGACAGUGAACGCGUCAUUUUCAACUGUGCCGAAUACGAAGGGGAACUUCUGAGCAAGUACUUUGGUGAGUCUUACUCUGAAGUAUACCCCGAAAAUUCAAUGCCUACAUCCGUUGAUCUUCCAUGUGAUAUCAUGAAUGACUAUGACUAUCAACCAACGUUUGAUGAUUUCCUAAAUCCUCCUCUUCCACCUCUCAACUUCAAUGAUCCCUUGGAAUCUGUUAUCAACGAGUACGAGGAAGCCAAUGCCAAGAAAAUCAAGCCAGAACCCAUAGAUGAGGAAGAUUUAGAAGACCAAAAACCCUUAUUGGAGCAGCGAUCCCUUGUCUCUAAGUUUUCAUCAAGGGUCUCUCCUUACACCCUACCACGAGCAGAACAACUUAAGCAACGACGUGGACGACCCAGCCGUGCCGGAUCCAAUUCGAAGAUGGCCAACUAUGCCCGACAGUACCGUGAAAUGAAGAAACUACAGCUGGAGGAGUCAAUCAAGCAAGUGGUGGAUUUACAUGCCGAGAACAAGGAACUACGGGAACGGUACACAGAUCUUUACAAUGGAUAUAAAAAUCUUCAAGACGAAGUGCAGCGUUUAAGAAACCUUCUUUCUGGUCAUAUCGACGUACCUUCUAAAUCUUAUGAAGAAACUAAAAAAGUUGAAAUCUUCUGA